GUCCGGGGAAGGGUUUUGCAGACGUACCGGGAACUGUUUGCAAGGUUUCCUUAGAUUUGGGGGUGUUCCGCAGCGGCGGGUCCCGGGACCCAAGGAAAGAGAGCUCUUCCUAGGCUCGCGAGAGCGCCCCCUUCUCCCACGGCUGCUGGGCUCCACCAGUAGCUAUGGCUCCGGUGUCCGGCUCGCGCAGCCCGGAUGGGGAGGUCUCAGUUGCGGGAGGAAGACGUCGCAGUUCGUCAAAGAGUCCGAAGCCCAGCAAAUCUGCCCGCUCCCCGCGGGGCCGCCGCUCUCGCUCGCACUCUUGCUCUCGCUCCGGGGACCGGAAUGGACUUAGCCAUCAGCUAGGUGGCCUCAGCCAAGGCUCCCGAAACCAAUCCUACCGCUCACGCUCGCGGUCGCGUUCUCGAGAGCGGCCCUCUGCGCCCCGGGGCAUCCCCUUCGCUUCUGCCUCCUCGUCAGUCUAUUAUGGCAGCUACUCGCGCCCCUACGGGAGCGACAAGCCUUGGCCCAGCCUCCUCGACAAGGAGAGGGAGGAGAGCCUGCGGCAGAAGAGAUUAAGUGAGAGAGAGAGAAUUGGAGAAUUGGGAGCUCCUGAAGUAUGGGGACUUUCUCCAAAGAAUCCUGAACCAGAUUCUGAUGAACAUACACCAGUAGAGGAUGAAGAGCCAAAGAAAAGCACUACUUCAGCUUCUACUUCAGAAGAAGAAAGAAAGAAAAAGAAGAAGCCUAGCCAUUCAAAAGAAAGGUCCAAGAAAAGGAGAAAGAAAAAAUCAUCAAAAAGAAAACACAGGAAGUAUUCUGAAGAUAGCGACAGUGACUCUGAUUCUGAAACAGACUCCAGUGAUGAAGACAACAAAAGGAGAGCAAAGAAAGCCAAGAAAAAGGAAAAGAAGAGGAAACACAGAUCGAAGAAAUAUAAGAAAAAGAAGUCUAAGAAGAGCAGAAAAGAGUCCAGUGAUUCAAGCUCUAAAGAAUCCCAAGAAGAGUUUCUGGAGAAUCCCUGGAAGGAUCGAACAAAGACUGAAGAACCUUCAGAUUUAAUUGGCCCAGAGGCUCCAAAAACACUCACCUCUCAAGAUGAUAAACCUUUGAACUAUGGCCAUGCCCUGUUACCUGGUGAAGGUGCAGCUAUGGCUGAAUAUGUAAAAGCUGGAAAACGUAUCCCACGAAGAGGUGAAAUUGGCUUGACAAGUGAAGAAAUUGCAUCAUUUGAAUGCUCAGGUUAUGUAAUGAGCGGUAGCAGGCAUCGCCGAAUGGAGGCUGUGCGACUACGAAAAGAAAACCAGAUUUAUAGUGCUGAUGAGAAGAGAGCCCUUGCAUCCUUUAACCAAGAAGAGAGACGAAAGAGAGAGAACAAGAUUCUGGCCAGUUUUCGAGAAAUGGUUUACAGAAAGACCAAAGGGAAAGAUGACAAAUAAGGAUUUUCUGAUUGUCCAGAGACAUUUUUAACAACAAAAACGAAAGUCUGGGUUCCACACAUGCAUACAAAAAGAUCGUCAUGCUCUGAGAAAGCUUUACAUUGCUACUGUGCCUUCUAUUUAAUUCUUUCAGUCCUUCAGUAAAAAGCUACUUAUUGAUAGAACUUUAA